GGAUUGCCAACCUCAAACAAUCUUCGAGCUUCGAGCUAAAACUUUGUGCACGGUUGGAAAUUGCUUGCCAAGUAGCGACUAAUAAAAUAACAGAGAAACAGAGGAAGAAGAAGCAGCAGAAGUAGCUGAAAGAAAAGCGACAACAACAAAGAGCUGAUGAGUACGUGUGUUCGUGUGGGUGCCGUGCAUUCUGCGUACACAUACGCUUAAAUUAAAUACUUUGGCUUAAUUAAAUACUUCCGCGGCGUCGUUGUUGUUGUUAUUUUGCCUCUUCUUCACGCGCUUGUCUACGGUUAUCGAUUCUCGUUGUCUCGCUCCCCCGCACGCAGCGAGUUGUUGUUUGUUUGUUGUUUGUGUCUGUCGCUCACUCUCUCCCUGUCUCGCUCUCGCCGCCGUCGCGUUUGCGUUUUGUUUGUGUACUGAAAAGAGGCAGCAACAAAAAUAAAGCGAAAAGACUGCGAAAAAGCAUAAAUAAUAAACAACGAGACAAGUGCAAAAAGCGCAGCGAAAAGGCCAGCUGGUAAAUCCAACUCAAAAGAACAGCCAGAGGAAACCGGAAAAUUUAUCACGCAAAUCAAAAGUGCAAUAAAAAGUUGAAAGUGUUUUACACAGCGCCAAGAAGGAAGUUGAAGCGAGGCAAAUAGUAAAUAAAUAAGAAGAGCCCACAGCUACACCAUCAUAACCCAAACAUCCCACAUAAACACCAAUAACAAAGUAAACAUUUACAACUCAUUUCUCGCUGAGAGAUCCGAGUGUAAGCCAACAAAAAAGAAUCGCGCGCGCGUUUUUAAAGCGUUUUUCCCCAAGAUCUCUAACUUCGCGCGGCUUCGUCGCACGUUACUUGAAUUCAUUUCGCGCAACCACUAGGCUCAGGCCUCAAAAAUCCGCCAAAAUUCUACACCAACAAACUUUAAUCAGCCCCGAGAUUUCGCUCCAGUUCGCAACGGCGACCACAAUGCCCUACAACGGCGCUAGCAAUGGCAGUGGCGCCAGUGGCGCCGGUGGAGGAGGGGCCACCAUAGUCGUCACCGAGGGGCCGCAGAAUAAAAAGAUCCGCACCGGAGUCCAGCAGCCUGGCGAAAACGAUGUGCACAUGCAUGCUAGGUCCACACAACAACAGAACCAGCAGCAAGCACUUAUGAACAAGUCAAAUGACGACCUACGGAGAAAGCGUCCCGAGACUACACGGCCAAAUCACAUUCUACUCUUCACCAUCAUAAAUCCCUUCUAUCCCAUCACAGUUGAUGUCUUGCACAAAAUCUGUCAUCCACAUGGACAAGUGCUGCGCAUUGUCAUAUUCAAAAAGAAUGGAGUCCAGGCUAUGGUUGAGUUCGAUAAUCUGGAUGCGGCUACAAGGGCGCGCGAGAAUCUAAAUGGAGCCGACAUCUACGCCGGUUGCUGCACCCUAAAAAUUGAUUAUGCCAAGCCAGAGAAAUUGAACGUGUACAAGAAUGAACCCGAUACCAGCUGGGACUAUACGCUGAGCACAGUUAAGGAGAUUGGAAAUGGCCGCUCGCCAUUACUGCAGGAGCCUCUAUACGUACCGACACUGCCGACACCACAACAACAACAUGUACCGACACAUCAACACCACCACCACCACCAACAACAACAUCAAGCACCACCACAACAACAACAACAACAACAACACCACCAUCACCAACACCAUCAACUAGUUGCCCCAGCUCAAUCGCACAAUCUUUGUCAAUUUAAAGAGCCACCGCUAUUGGGACCCGGCGCCGCCUUCCCGCCAUUCGGAGCCCCAGAAUAUCACCCCACCACGCCCGAGAAUUGGAAGGGCGCCGCCAUCCAUCCCACUGGCCUCAUGAAGGAGCCCGCCGGAGUUGUGCCCGGACGCAAUGCUCCGGUGGCCUUCACACCGCAAGGACAGGCUCAGGGCGCCGUCAUGAUGGUCUACGGCCUGGACCACGACACUUCCAACACGGAUAAGCUCUUCAAUUUGGUUUGCCUGUACGGCAAUGUGGCACGGAUCAAGUUCUUGAAGACCAAAGAGGGCACCGCCAUGGUGCAAAUGGGCGACUCGGUGGCCGUUGAGCGUUGCGUACAGCACUUGAACAACAUUCCCGUUGGCACUGGCGGCAAAAUACAGAUCGCAUUCUCCAAACAGAAUUUCCUAUCCGAGGUGAUCAACCCGUUCUUGCUGCCCGAUCAUACACCCAGCUUCAAGGAGUACACUGGCUCCAAGAACAAUCGUUUCCUAUCGCCGGCCCAGGCCAGCAAGAAUCGCAUUCAACCACCGAGCAAGAUUUUGCACUUUUUCAACACACCGCCCGGCUUGACCGAGGACCAGCUGAUUGGAAUCUUCAACAUCAAGGAUGUGCCCGCCACAUCGGUGCGCCUGUUCCCUUUGAAGACCGAGCGCUCGUCAUCGGGACUGAUCGAGUUCCCCAACAUUUCGCAGGCUGUGCUGGCCAUCAUGAAGUGCAACCAUCUGCCUAUUGAGGGUAAAGGCACCAAGUUCCCAUUCAUCAUGAAGCUGUGCUUUUCCUCGUCCAAGAGCAUGAAUGGGGCCUGGAACAAUGCGACCAGCGAGGGCAUGAUCGAGAAGGAGAACGAGGUCGAUACCAAGGUGGACAUCUACAAUUGAGAUUUGAUUACGAUUGUGUAAGCAAGCAAACAACAACCGGCUUAACUAGAACACAAUACAAAACUAUACUGAAGGAGGGGAAUUGGUCGUAGACAACAGGCAAAAGACAACAACAACAACAGCAGCAGUAGCAGACAGCAGCAGCAGGCAGCAGCAACUGCCUCUGCAACGGCUACAGCUUCAACUUCAACUUCAAUUUCAACUUCAACAACAGAUAGACAAACUUGAUGAUGGCUUACACAUUCGAUAUGACAUGCUGACGGAGAAUGCUGCGGCAACAACUGAAGAAUUUCAAAUAAAUUGAUUGCUAAAUCAACUUAUAAAAAAAACCAACUACAAUUAAUUCAAUUAAGCGCAAACGCAUGUAACUUUUCUACGAGCCAUUUGCAUAGAUUUACUGAAUUCACCAUAUAUCAAUUCAGCUAAUUAAUAUGACAGCCUAUGUACGAUAUGGCCUCGUUUAAAAGCCACACCGAAUGAACACUUGAUGCACAUUACAUUACAUUACAUGCGUUUGCGUGGCAACAACAAAAACAUGCAAAAUAAUAUAAAAAAAUUUGAAUUGUUAUUAUUGUUACAAUGAAGCAUUAGGACUUUCUCACACAACUGCAAGAAAACGGAAAAAACUUCAACCAAUUGUAAACUAUGUAAUGUUUAAUUGAUAAAAAAAACGACAAACUAAACCAAAAAUAAAUAAUUGUAACUCAAAACGAAACCAUGUUAAAAUAACUAUAGAAAUUCCCUGCCCCCGCUCCGCUCUUCCCCCUCAAGCGCACGUACCUCCUUUCUCUAUGACCUUUGACCUUCACCGCCACUACCCCACCCCUCCUUAUUCCCACAUCCCACGGCAGACUUCUGUAUAGUUAAUGUAAUAUGAUUUGAAUUUGGAUACGAAUAUAUUAAUGCAACAAAAAGAAACAUUUCUUUGGACAAUAUUUCGACAAGUAUUCGGGCGUGAGAAAAAGUCUUAACAAAAAAUAUUUAUUGAACGGAUAAUAUUUGUGUAAAUUAAAACCAAAAAUUUAGCAAUUUUAAAUGAAAUUUAUUAAUUUUAGUUAUGCAAAAAUGUAAAGCUCUGCAAACUGCUGCACCGACCACUGCAGCAUGUAUGGCAGUUGAUUUUAAAUUUCUUACUUUAACGAAUACAAAAACAAAAAGGAAAGAAAUAAAAACUUGCACAAGCCAAUGUUUUUACUAUUAACAAAACAAGAAAAAGACAAGAUGGUAAACAUAAUUUUUGUGCUUAAUUUACAAAGUUAAAAAAGGCAUAAAUUUAUAUGUAUGAGGUGUAUUUGUAUUUACAUUAAAAUUAAUUUUAAUUUACACUAAAUGUAAAAAGCAAAAUAACUAAAACAAAACAAAACAAAAGAAUAAAAAAACAACACAAGCUAAGGGAAAAAAAAGAUUAAAACUACAAGAAAAUUUAGUUAAGUGCUAAUCUAAAAAAGAGCAUCUAGCAUAGUUAAGAAGCAGCAUCGUUCAGACAUGCAGACAGCAAAACAUACAACAAAACAACAUAUUUUUGAGGCGUUUUAAAAUUAGAAGACAGAGCCAAACAUUUCAGAACUCCAAGUAAAGUUAGCCAAGCAAAGCUACUACUAAAGAUGGGUGAGGACGUAUUGCAAAUGCGAGUAAAAGUCGACGAAAACAAAAGAAUUAACAAUAUCAGCAAUAAAGCAACAGCAACAACACCAUAUCAAAGGCGUAUGUUAGAUAACCUAUAAUAUAAACAAAAUAAACAAGAGAUGCGAAAUAAUAAUGUAAUACAUACGAUAUAAUCUAUGGGUUCACUUGAGUUGUAUAAUUUUACUUUUAAGCCCUGCUGGUCGGCAGUUUGAGACCCACAGAGAACCGUGCUCAUAACUGCCUUUCUACAGGGCGGUGUUCUAUACUACAUUUGUUUUUAAUGCAAAUCAACGAAUACAUAUUGCUAGGGCCGCUAAAAGAAUUUUCUUCACACUUUUCGUAGUUCAUCGCUUGACAGCAUUGUUAAGCUUUCAUGUAGACCAUUUCAUUCAUAUAACUAUCAAUUAACUAUGUGCAAUUUGGGCUUUAAACGAGACUUCGUUUGUUCUAUUUUAUUUAUUGCAAUUUUCUCAUUUCGAUAACUAGUUCGUGUAAUUAUUUCAAGUGUCUUUACAGUCUUAGUUAUUAUGUAAAUUGUUUUUUAAUCCUUAAUUGUAAAAUAUUUUUCUAAAAAUUAAGUAUUAUUGUACUUAAUUUAAAUAAUUAACAUGAUUUAACGAAAAACGGGAAUUAAUUAUAAAGAAGCAAACAAUCUCGUUAAUAAUUAAUUAAUAAAAAUUACUUUUUAAGAAAAUAAAGCAACAACGAUCUUGAAGCUCCUAAUUUGAUCAUAAUCAGAUCAAUAAACAAACUACUAUAAUACAAUAAUACAUAAUAUAAAAUAAAUAAAAA